AUGAAACCUGUUAAUAUUUUAUUCUUUUUAAUUUUCAAUUCGAUAUUGUGGAGUUUAAUUAAUUCUGUUAAAAAUAAUAAAAAUCAAAACAAAUUAACUAGAGUCGAGGAAACCUCAAAUGAUUCAAAUAAAAUAUUAAAUGAUGGGGCUGAAUCAUCGGUUGCUCCCCAAAUUGAAAAAUAUAAAGAAACGUUAAAACCAAAAAUAAUAAAAAAUGAAAAGGCUUCAAAUAAUAAAGAAGGAAAAAGUCGGGAUAGGAAAGGAUAUCAAAAAGAUUAUUAUCAGAAGAAUAAAGAAAGAAUUCUUCAAAAUAGGCGUGAUCAUUAUAAAAAGAUUAAAAAAAGUCACGAGGAAGAUAAGAAAGAAAAAAAGAGAGAAUAUAAUCGUGAAUAUAAAAGAAAAUGCCGACUAAGAAAGAAGAUGGAAAAAGAAAUGUCAAAGAAUGAUAUUUCACAAUUAACAAGCAUUCAAUCUGAUAAUAAUGAAGGAACUUCUUUUGUUAAUCCACAGAAUAAUGCUACUGAAAAUAAAGGAAAGGAGCCAAUUGUUUCCAAAGAGGACGUUCAAUUAUCUCAAGGAAAUAUUCAUCUACAAGAUGAUACUCCUUCUCAAUCUGCUCAUAGAGAGGAAGGAAAUUUAUUUAAUUCACAAAAUGAUUGCGAAAUCAAUUCUGAGAAUCCAAUUUAUUGCCCUUAUAAACAGGAAAAGGUUAAUCACCAUGAAAAUGUUAACCAACAAGCUACCGAUCUGGAUGAUUUGGAUUAUCUGAAUUUAUUAGACGAUCAGGAAUUUCUGGAUUAUCUAAAUAAGCACUUCGGAUAA